AUUACCUAUGUAGAAUGUGGUGUUCAAUUUUGUGGACCUUCACAAAAACAAUACCAUUAAACAAUUGGAUAUCAAACAGUGUACAACCAUAGUGAAAAAUCUUCUAAAGAAAUUUGUCGUACUUACAUUCAGUGCAAAAUUGUUGGGCCUUUUUUUGCAUAUUACUGAAACUAAAGUGCCACAAUGACCAAGGAUGUGACAUUGGAAGAAUUGGUGAUACGUGAAAAGAAGCCGGAAACGGUUGAAGAGGAGUUUGAAGCAUGUGUGCGUCGAACCAAUAUUUUGAAAAUGGAUUUCGAAGAUGAUAUCUAUGAAAAAUCAACGAUUGUGCAAUUCUUCAAAGGAAAAUGUGUUUUUUUAACGGGCGGUGCUGGGUUUCUGGGACAACUUUACAUCGAAAAAUUACUACGAAUCGGUGUUAGUCGAAUUUAUUGUUUGUUGCGACCAAAAAAGAAUCUAACGCCGGAAGAACGUGUACGGAACAUCUGCUCCGGACCGGUAUAUCAACGUCUACGCGAUAUGGAUCCGAAUUUUCAUGAUCGAAUCAGUGUGAUAACCGGUGAUUUAAAAAUGGUGGGCGCUGGCAUCUCGCCGGAAGAUGUGGAUAUAAUGUGUAAUGAGGUUGAAGUUGUAAUUCAUGCAGCGGCCGAUGUUCGUUUCAAUAUUCCGUUGCUUGAAUUGGUGGAAUCGAAUGUUCGUGGUACGAGAGAUAUAUUGGAAAUUGCCAAACGAAUGAAACGUUUAGAAGUAUUUGCAUACAUUUCAACGGCCUAUUCACAUUGUCCACGCGAUGUGGUUGAUGAAAAAUUUUAUGAUCCACCAAUGGAACCGGAAUUCUGGCUAAAGAUGUUGGACCGUUGUAAAAGCGCUGCCGAUAAGGAAAUUAUUGAUAUACUUGAACAGCAGAUCAUGAAUCCUUGGCCGAACAGUUACACCUAUACGAAAGCACUCAGCGAGAGUUUGGUGAAACGUUACAGUGUUCAUUUUCCAACCAUUGUUAUUCGGCCAUCAAUUAUUGUAUCCACGUAUCAGGAUCCAGUACCCGGAUGGACGAACAAUAUAACUGGCAUAAAUGGUUUGUGUGUUGGUAUUGGCGUGGGAUUUUUGCGUCAUUUGCAUGUUGAAUAUGAUUUUGUCAUCGAUAUCAUUUGUGCGGAUUUCGUGGUAAAUACAACGCUUGCGGCAAUUCAUCUAUGCAACGAGAAGCAUAGAUCUCAUAAGCAGAUACCUGAAGCAGAAGUGUUUCAUUGUUCAAGCAAAGGCUUUAUGCUAACAUCAGAACAAUUGGGACGAGAUGCGAUUACACUUCGCCGUUAUGAGCUAUUGCAUUCGAUGAAAUGCAUUUAUUAUCCGGUUAUUACGUUCACGCAUUAUGGAUGGCAAGAUUCGUUGGCAACACUAUUUCUACAGGCGCUACCGUGCUAUUUCAUGGACUUUUUUAAUCCAGAAAAAAUUCGAUUGUUGGCCGUUUCACGUAAAAUCAAAUCGAUGAAAAACGUUAUCUCAUUUUUCAUGAGCAAGCGCAUACACUUUGACAAUACGAAUGUCGUGCGAGAAGUUUACGACCGCAUGACGGACGUGGAUAAAAAACUAUUCCCAUCCGAUUCGCGUAAUUUUGAAUGGCAUAAAUUCAUUUAUGCAUACUUUGCCGGAAUGCGUGUCUAUGUGCUUAUGGAUCCAUUAGAAACGUUUCCAAAAUCGAAAUUGAAAUUACGCAAAUUAAAAUACAUUCACUACACACUAAAAUAUUCAUUCAUUACCAUUUUAGUCCUGAUACUGUAUGCGUAUGUAUUGAAAAGGUUACUGAAUCUACUUUUAUGAUAUGUGCUUUUUGUGUAUGUGGAUAAAGCGAGAGAAAGAACGUAACGAACAUUUAAAUGCUUGUACGCUUCUCCAUCAUGUUGGUUAUAUUGUAACCGCAUUUGUUCAGUUAAUUAAUUACAAUAAUUUCCAUUGUUAAGCAUAAUUGUGUUCUGUUCGCUUCACAAACCGAUUUGUAUCCUUUUCUUUCUCUUUCUCUCGCUCAAUAUCCACAGUCCACACUCAUGCACCAUGUAUCGUCACUCUUUUUUUUUCUUCUCUCUAUUAUUACGGGCAUUAUGUUGAAAUAAUAAAUCGUGUUUUGUGUUUUUGGUAUCGUUUUGUGAAUAAAAUCUGACCAUAUACCGCAAAAACUCAAUAAACAUUCAAUUAAAAUCAUGUAAAUGUUUUGAAUAUUGUAAAUGCAUGUGCGUGUAUGCGUGUUUGUGUUCAGUUGAAAUGCGAUGAGUGUUCAGCCAAAAGUUUAUUAUUUGUCAACUUUUUUUUUAUAUUUCAUUUCGAUUGGAAUUUCUUUUUUUUUUUUUUGUGUGUUAGUGUGCAUCAUCGAAACUAACGGAUUCCAAAUUAUUGCACAAAAAAUGCACGACAACAUAAUUUAAUUAUUCAUUCCGGUAAUUAUGUGUGUGUCAUAAUAUCUGUUUAAAUUCGGCUAUUAUAAUGUUUAAACUUGGACUCAUUUAAAUCAAAACAGUGAACACACGAAAAAAAAUGCAAUCACAGAAUUAAAUCGAGACAUAUCGCAUUUCAACCGAGACAUACACACAAUCACAUGCACAUUUAAAAGUAACAUGGUUUCACAUCUAAUCAACUUGUGACACAAAUUAAGUUAUAUUAGUCAUCAUUGGGUUCAAAUAAAAAAAACAAACAAAUAAACACGAUCAUAUUGCUUAUAUUUACAAAAACAA